AUGAGAGAAUAUGCUAAAAUUAUUAAAGUAAAUGAUGAAGAAAUUUAUAUACUUAUGAAAAGACAAUAAGAUGAGAAAUUUAAUUUGGAAAAAGAAAAAACUCUUUAUGUUCUAGAAUUGACAGGAUACUUUAAAUAUCAAUUCAAAAACUAGAAGAAGUUAAAAAGAAUCUUGAUAAAAGAAAAUCGAAAAUCACAUAUUGCAAUAGUAAAAGUUAACCUUUAAAAAUAAGGAAAUAACAGAACUAAAAAAAGAAUUAGAUAGAACAAAUUAAAUUAAGAAAUAAUUAUUAUCAACAAUAUUAUGAAAUAAUGA